CACAUGUUCACAAAGACCGAACAAAACAACAACACAGUUAUUUCAGUCAUCAGUUUAGUGAGUGGUAUCAGCUUAGAACAGCCGGUCACAUAUAGAAAAGGUGGUGAGAUAUGAUUUCGAUGGUUUGCCGGCUUUGUUUGAGUGAGGAAUCUCUUGAAAUGGUCUUCAAGGAAGAGGGACUUCAACAGUGCAUUUCGGAUUACCUAUCGAUACAGGUAUCUUCCGAGGACCACCUGAGCAAAGCGGUUUGCACAAUAUGCCGAAUAAGGCUGAUUGAAUUCCAUCAGUACCGCCAACGUUGCCAUGAAGUGCAGGACAUACUGCAGAGCAUGUGUCGCAAUCAGAACGUUGGCACCGAUAUUCCAAGCAAGCAAGUAACAGCAAAUGAUGUGGCACCAGCGGUCGCAGAUUCGGAACCAGCACCAAUCCCAAUAAUACAAUCAAUCGAAGAACCGAAGAAAAUCGGAGGACAACAAUUCCAAUGUGAUGUGUGCAAUGCAAUAUUCAAGAUCAGCAGACAACUGGCGGUGCACAGGAGGAUCCAUGACUCGCUGAACGAUGGAAAGAUCGUUUCAAAAGCUGAUCACGUGAAGAAAGCAACACAAGCCAAUGCAGUUGCUAUACUCGAACACAACAGCAGUUCUGAGAAAGGAUCUCCUUCAGUUGAUGCGAACUCACAGCUAGUAAAACUUCCGGUACAGCUGGAAGCCGGUCAGACAAAUCUGGCAUCUGAGCAGGAAAGUCGUCAGGAAGCAACUAGUUCCCUGGAAGAAGACGAAGAAAUCACUGACUAUGAAGAUGAGCAGUCUGACAUAUCGGAUGAGUCGGAUGAUUACGAAAAUUCGUCCGUUUCUGAUGGACACCUUGCGCUGGGAGAAGGCCCCCACCCGAAUCAAAACUGGCGAUGUGAUAUGUGCCCUAAGGCAUUUGAAACAAGGAAGCAGCUGAAGGAUCAUAGGUAUAUCCAUAAUCCGAAAAACAUUGAGUGCACUGUUUGCAAACAACGCUACGUAUUCAAACAUCAAUUGCUCAGGCAUAUGGAGCGUCACCGAGGACCUAAUGAGGAGAAAAAAUAUAAGUGCGAUAAAUGUGACAUGGCGUACAAAUUUGAACCUUCGCUUUCACGACACAAAAAACAAAUGCACGGACCAAGAGACCAAAAGUGCCCCAUUUGCGAUGCCCGAUUUGCACUUCCUAAUCUUUUGAGAAGACAUAUGAAAAAGCAUGCGGAAAAUCAUGAAAGCAGGGCAGACUUUUACUCUUUAGAGCGAACUGAAUCCACGAAAGGAGUGGCUAGAUUCCACGGAGAAAACGGCAAAGAUAAGGAGAGCAACAGUUCGUUCAAAUGUGUCAAAUGUCCAAGUUCGUACAAAACGCGGAAAGAUUUGCUGACACACCACAGAGCAAAACAUGUGAAGAAGAUAACCUGCUCUUUGUGUAGCGAAUCGUUCGCUUUGAGUAAACAACUACAAAUGCAUAUGCAAGAAAUACACAAGCAAGGAAACAAUAGUUCUAAGGCACUAACUUGUAAAGAGUGCAACAAAGUUUUCCACGUUCGAAGAAAUUUAUUAAGGCAUGUGAAAAUACAUGAACCAUUGAAACACCACCGGUGCACUGUUUGCGACAAACUCUUCAAGACAUCUGAAGCGGUAGCAAGACACAUAAAAAUUCAUGCCAAAUCCCCUGCUUCCGACUGUAAAGAUGAUUUAGGUAAUGUUGUUCAGGAACACAUUAACCAGGAACUGCAAUCUAAAGGUUGGCCGGCUAACGUCGAGAAAGACCAAGGUGUGAGCAAGAAACGUUCUCGUAAAAAUACCAAGCUUCGCCAGGAUGCUGAUACGUCAAACGACAAACUUCGAACAACCAAGAAAGAUUCCACCCCGAAGAAGAAACUGACGAAUCCGGCAAAGGAAAUGGCAAAUUCACAAUUAGAAACGACUAAGGUCCAAGAUUCGGAGGAAGAACCUGUUCUUGUCAUUGAGGUAGAGGAAUUCAAACUGGAACCAGAAUGAGUUGAAUUGAAAGAACACAGUAUUGAAACUGAAAAUAAUAAAUAUUGUUAUCGUUAACUCAA